AAAACAUAGCUGUGCUGGUUGCCCAGCGGCCCCCGCAGAAGCCAUGAGCUUGACAGCUGUCAUGGGGCAACAACCCCCGGUCACUCGAUGCUUGGCGGUUGCAUCUGCGCUGCUCACCUUGGGCUGCGCCCUUGAUCUGCUUGCGCCCAGCACUCUGCUGCUCAGUUGGCAGCUGGUGAUCUAUGAGAUGCAGAUCUGGAGGCUAGUGACGUGCUUCUUGUUCUUUGGCCCUUUGGGACUACCCUUUGUUUGGAAUCUUUGUGUCCUGGUACACUACUGUUCUUCCUUGGAAGGGAUCUCGUUCCAGCGAAAAACGGCCGAUUUCCUCUGGAUGCUCUUGUGCGGUGCAGGCAUGCUGCUCCUGCUCACGUCCUUCUUCAACAUGUACUUUGUAAGUUCGUCCUUGAUCGACCUCAUGACCUAUGUUUGGGGUAGAAAGAAUUCGAGUGCCAGAAUGCAGGUGUUCUUCUUCACGGUUCGCGCGCCUUACUUAGCCUGGGUGAUCGCUGGCAUGUCAGUAUUGAUGGGAGGUGGAGUGCAGGAUCACCUCCUGGGGAUCGCAGUGGGUCAUGUCUACUACUUCUUCGAGGACAUCUACCCGUUGUUGCCCACGUCCAAGGGCUUCCGGCUCUUUCGCACACCAACGCUGCUGAAAUGGGUAUGCAAUCAGACGGACUGAUCAAAGUUGAUCGGCACCGAAGCUGUGCG